CUGUACGCGUGCGUGAGUCUCAGUAGAGUGUUGAUGUGAGAGAUGAACUUCAAUCUACUUGUGUGUCUGCAUCUGAAGAGAUCUUUUUGGACCGACUCAUUUGCUGGUCGGCUAUGGCAACUUAUUCAGUGCCUUUGGGUCGUUCACUCAAUAGACAGUUUGUGCAGUAUGCACUUCUGAUAAUUCCCACAGUUCUUGUCAUCGGGUUUUUCCUGUUGUUCGCGUUGAUUGUAAGCAGAGAGAGGACUGUGCCUAUAGUGAUACCGGUGGAUACUUAUAAGAAUUGUCCCAAACCGAAAGAAGGCUUCCUGAACGUACAUGUGAUUUGUCACACUCAUGACGACAUCUCAUGGCUGAAAACAUUCGACCAGUAUUACCUUGGAACUAAUUCUGGAAUUCAGAAUGUCGCCGUUCAACAUAUUUUGGAGACAGUUGUUGAUGAGCUGAUGAAAAAUGAAGAGAGAAGGUUUGUUUACGUUGAGUCAGCAUUCUUCUGGCGAUGGUGGAAGGAGCAGAGCAAUGAAAUCAGAAAUCACGUGAUUCGUUUGGUUGAUGGAGGUCAGUUGGAGUUUGCGGGAGGGGGGUGGAGCAUGAACGAUGAGGCUAAUCCCUCAUAUCAGCAGAUUAUUGACAGUUUCACAUGGGGUUUUAGAAAACUGAACGAAUUGUUCGGCGAACAUGGUCGGCCAAAGGUGGGCUGGCAGAUCGACCCGUUCGGUGCGUCACGCGAACAGGCAUCACUGUUCGCCCAGUUCGGAUUCGAUGGCACGUUCGUCAAUCGUGUCGAUUUCAACGAAAAAACAAUCAGACACAAGAAUAAAACGGCCGAAUUCAUUUGGCGGGGUAGCCCUAACCUGGGAGAAAUGUCGGACAUUUUCACAAAUGUUAUGUACAAUCACUAUAGUGCCAUAACUGGAUUCAAUUUCGAAAGCAUGAGGCAGAACGAAGCUAUAGUUGACAAUAAAAAUAGUUCAGAAUACAAUGUGGAUAAGAAGGCUGAGAGGAUUAUUACUGAGGCCAAGUUUAGGAAAAAUUUCUUUCAAAGUAAUAAUGUCUAUCUAACGUUUGGUGACGACUUCACCUAUAAUAAUGCGAUUAGUUGGUUCAAAAAUAUCGACAAAUUGAUCAAGUACAUAAAUUCUGAUGAUUCAUCAAAAACUCACAUUUUCUACUCGACGCCGUCCUGCUACAUAAAAUCGGUGAAUGACGCUAAUUUAAAUCUCACUACAAAAAGUGACGAUUUUUUCCCUUAUAGAAGUGAUGAAAGGUCAACUUGGACUGGCUAUUUCACAACUCGACCGAGUUUGAAGUAUUUUAUACGGUUUGCCAACAAUUUAUUACAGUCUAUAAAACAACUAUGCGCUAUGACCGAUUAUUCGGAGGAAGAGGAGGGUCCCCUAGAUCUAUUUCGGGCCGAGGUUGGCAUGGCGAACCACCAUGAUACCAUCACUGGCACAUCCAUGCAACACGUGGUCAAAGCCAACGUCAAGCGCCUGGCGGUCACCAUAGACCACUCGAAACCGGUCAUGGAUGGUAUCAUCAAGAAUCUGUUGAAGAAAACAAGAGAGCCGAAGCUUGACAUUGAGUUCGAGCCCUGUUUACAUCUGAACGUGUCAGAGUGCUCAGCCUGCGAGUCUAGAUUCCCAUUUGUGCUGACUCUGUACAAUCCCCUCAGCCACCCCAUCAGUCACUAUGUCCGUGUGCCUGUCUACAACGACCUACUCUACAGUGUCCUCAAUCCUGAAGGUGAGAAGAUACCAGCUCAACUGGUGCCAUUACCAAAGGAGGUGGUGGAAAUACCAGGGCGCUCCAGCAAUUCUACAAUGGAGCUAGUUUUCAAAGCUGAAGUGAUACCAGCACUAGGCUUCAAAUCAUACUACGUUGCUCCAAGCAAUGACGUCAUGGAAACAACCAGGGAAAUGGAUGCCAAAAACUUGAUCAUUGGAAAUCAGGAAAAAAUAGCAGUUGAAAUUGAUUCUGAGAACGGGCUAGUGAAGAAUAUCUUCAAGAAUGGAGUAAAAUAUCCGAUGUCACAGGAGUUCUUCUAUUAUAGCAGCAGUAGACGUCCGCAACGUGGCAGUCCCUCUGGAGCUUACAUUUUCAAUCCAGAAUAUCCCGAAUCACGACGCAUCAACAGCAAAGCCCAAGUUCACGGAUAUUCUGGUUCGCUUGUUCAUGAAAUUCAUCAAACGGUCAAGGACUGGAUGACACAAGUGAUACGAAUUUAUAAAGAUGAAGAACACAUUGAAUUUGAAUGGCUUGUUGGACCUAUGGAUGUCAGAAAAAACCACGAAGGCAAAGAGAUCACGAGCGUGUACAAGCUGCAUAACCUGAACUCUGACCGCACAUUCCUGACCGACUCGAACGGCAGGGAGAUGAUGACUCGCGUCAAGAACCGCCGGACGAGGGACAGCGAAGUUAUGCCCGGGUACUACUAUCCGGUCACCAGUCGAGUUGUGGUACGCGACCAGCGUGUCCAGAUGGCCGUUCUGCCCGACAGGCCUCAGGGUGGUACCAGUUUGCACGAUGGCGAGAUUGAGUUGAUGAUCCAAAGAAACCUGCUGUUCGACGAUAACAAAGGCAUAGGAGAGUCUCUGGUGGAGACCGAGUUCGGGAAGGAGAUCGUGGUGCGCGGCAAACAUUGGCUGACACUUGGCAACGUCACCACUCAGAGUGCAGUCGACCGGAUCCUGGCCAAAGAGAGGUUCCAUCCGGUGGUCACCUAUGCCACUCCUGCCAACAACAUAAAGUUCUCCAAUUGGAAUGAGAUGUACAAAAUGGAGUAUUCAGGCUUGAAGUAUCCGCUGCCAGAGAAUGUUCACAUUCUCACUCUGGAGCCAUGGAAAUGGGGAACUCUGCUGUUACGCCUGGAGCACAUUAUGGAAAGUCAUGAUCACAUUGAUCUCUCCAAACCUGUUACUGUUGAUUUAAAGGAUCUCUUCAACACUUUCAAAAUAAAAUCGAUGAAAGAGAUGACAUUGGGAGGCAACAUGGAGCUGAAAAACAUGCAUCGAUUACAUUGGAAAACAGUCAAUUCAGCGAAACAGGAAAACCGACCAAAAAUCACACACGAUGACUCCGAACUUCAGACCAUGGAGAUUAUUUUGCACCCCAUGGAAAUCAGGACAUUCAUACUGAUCGUCCACUAUUAUUAAUAGAUUCAUUGAUUUCAAGAAUUUGCUUCCAACUUAUUCCAUUGCCUAGUCAUAAUUUUAUGGAUUUUUUCUAGUGUCUCAUAGAUUAUUUAUUUUUCUCUAACUUUUAAGUUUGUUGAUAUGAGUGUGUAAAUAAAGGUUCGCUUACCAAAGAUUCA